AGCGUCUAGGCGGCGGGGUUCCCGGCCUUCCCGUAAGCCCUCGAAGGAAGGGGAGAAGCAGGCGCCACCGUGCAGGACGCAACGCCCCGGGAAGCUGCCUUGAAGAGCGCCACCCACCGCUCCAGACUGUCCGCCGCUGAGACGCCGGCCAGGCCGCGAGCACAGUCUCCGUGUUGGGUGCGGUGCCUCAGGGCUCCCAGAGGCUGUCCAGCCCUAACGCCCAGUGGCUCGGCGGUGACACCAGCCCAGCUGGGCCAUGUCAAAAGGCCCUGAUUCUGCCCUGCUGCCCUCGACCCCGGGACCCCGGAAACUCGCACCCCGGAGCCUCAGCUGCCUCUCGGACAUGGAUGGACGAUCCUGCAGACCCCCGGGCUGUGACCCUCGCCUGCGGCCCAUCAUCCAACGACGCUCGCGCUCUCUGCCCACCUCCCCUGAGCGCCGUGCCAAGGCUGCAGGAGCCCAGGGCGCCGCGUGCGGAGCCGGCUGCAACCGGCAGGUCCGAGUGCGCUUCGCUGACGCGCUGGGCCUGGAACUGGCGCAGGUCAAGGUGUUUAACGCAGGCGAUGACCCGUCCGUGCCGCUGCACGUGCUGUCGCGCCUAGCCAUCAACUCGGAUUUGUGCUGCAGUAGCCAGGAUCUGGAGUUCACACUGCAGUGCCUGGUUCCUGACUUCCAGCCGCCCAUCGAAGUCCCGGGCUUCGGAGAUCGCCUGGCGCGGCAGCUCGUAUGCCUGGAACGUGUCACCUGCUCCGACCUAGGCAUCAGUGGCACAGUGCGCGUGCGCAACGUGGCGUUCGAGAAGCAGGUGACGGUGCGCUACACCUUCUCUGGCUGGCGCAGUGCGCACGAAGCAGUGGCGCGCUGGAGAGGGCCUGCGGGUGGUGAAGGUACCGAGGACAUCUUUGCCUUCGGCUUUCCUGUGCCUCCCUUCCUGCUGGAGCUUGGCUCCCAGGUACACUUCGCGCUGCGCUAUGGCGUGGCUGGUGCCGAGUACUGGGACAACAAUGAUGGUCAGGACUAUAGCCUUACUUGUCGCAGUCAUGCCCUGCACAUGCCACGCGGGGAGUGCGAGGAGAGCUGGAUCCACUUCAUCUGAACUGCAGGCUGUGAAUGUGGAGCUUCCACCUCUGCAGACCUGCAGUCCCUUUCCCACCAGUGCAGCUCUCAGAGCCGCCAUCUCCCAUCCCACCCUUCCUUCCCGGUUUCCUGGCCUCAUUUCUCACUGUGAAGCCCUGCGGCUGUAGCCUGGCCUGCCCUGUAGUGAAUUCUCUGGAGAGCCUGUCAGGGUCAGAAGACCAGGAGCCUGUGUAAUACAUUGUGGAGAGGGUGUGGGAGGGCAGAUGCAUGGGAUUGUGGUCCUCAACUUCAGGAGGACCCACAGGUCAGUGUUUUGCAAGAAAGGCCUUUUGCAUGUCUCUUCAAUGUCUAAACACAAGUAUCUGUUAUUUAUUAUUGUGACGUUAGCCUUCCACUCAUGGUGGACGCUUUCUCAGGAAUACUCUAGAUUUAAUCAGCUUAAAGAAGGCCUGUUGUCUGUUUGCACCCCCUGUAAUGUUUGUAAAGAAUACACAGUGUAGCCCACAUUAUGGUCCCUCGAGGCAUUUCCACCCUGGGAUAGUGAAAACCUGAGACCAUGUUUGCUUGCCAGUGUCUGUAGCCUUCUAACAGUGGAGACUAUUAAUAGCGAAGGCACUUAGAGCUCAUCUGUCAUCACACAACCAUUUCUGGGCUUCGAGGCUGCCCUGGUUAGCCGGUGCCUCCCACAUCAACGGCUCGGAAAGAGUGGACUGAAAAGCUUCCAACUGAGCAACUUAGCCCAGACAGUCCUUUCUCUUCAGGGACUGCCUGUUCACGAGUUUGUCUUCUACUGGUCUGGUUGUGGGUCUGUGUCUUAGCAGGCCAUAUUCUGUUUAAGUUUGAAACUACCUGAGCCUUUAAAAAGAUCUUGCCUUAAGUAAUUUCCGUUUUCAAGUGGCCACAGGGAUUCAGGCAGGCGUGCCCAUCCCAGAGACCUUUUCCACGAAAGAGGUGACUUUUUAAUUUCUAAGUAUGGAAAGGUUCCAGCAUCCAUAUUUUGGAAGCCAGCUUCCAAGUGAACCUGGGUGGUUCUUAGAAUUAGCCAGGGCACUGGAGGAAGAAUAAUUCACGGAUUUUUAUACAGCUAACGGGUUUUAAAUUGAACUGUUAUGUCAGGUUUCACAGAUGCCGGCCACUUUAUUCUUUGUGCCUUUGGUUAGGAAAGUUGCUAACUUUUUUUUUUACGGGUUUAAUUCCUAGUUUUAAGAUGUUACAUAGUUUAAAAAAAGAAAACAACCAAAACCUCCAACUUAGUCCAGACCGCUAGCUGACCCCUGCUGUUUAAAGCCCCCAUGGAGAAGCUGGCAAAUAUUUUUGGUGCUGAGCUUUGGGUCUCUCUGACAGCAGGUGCUAGAAUUGAGGUGGACAAGACCUCCAAGAUGGGACUUUUGCUUUUGAGACAGUGGAUGUCCCACAAUAAAACCACCCAGCCUUUGGCUGCUAGGACAACGCACUGCCUUGGCAUUCAAGAGUGAGUAGAGCUCAGUGGCAUUUCCCACUGCUUAAUGAGAUGUUCAAUUAGGUCAGCGAACCCCGGAGGGUCAUGGCAACUCUGUCCCUGGCCCCUGUCCAGAGUGCAAGAGAAUGGGCCAGACUCAAGUCAAAGUCAGGAGCACCGAUGCUCGAGAGUUCGUAGAGAGUUUUACAGUCCAUGGGAACGCCUCUCGCUUGUCCGCAGGUUCUGGUUACAGAAAAGUAAAGGACGCAUUAUCAAAAUCAAGAGAACCUGAAGGUGCCUUUUAAGACAUACCAACCAUUUGAAAUCUAAAACACAGAGAUAAUUCUGCUUGAUUAAACAAGUACAUAGUAAAUAAAAGCUGUAAAGAUAAUUCAGGGUGAACUUUCUGACCCCGAGACACAUUUAGGACUGUUGGGAUGUUAAAAUUGUGUCGACUGUGCACUCACUGAGUUGUGUUUUACUGCCUGUCAUUUAAAGUCAUUUUACUCAAGCCUGAAUAUUAAAGAACACGUGUGAAAAAACAAAAGUCCCUUUGU